AAUUAAUCGAGAAUUGUCUGCAUCAAGGAAUAUUUAUUUUACAGCAAUACAUUGCGGAUUAAAGUGCCACUAACGAGUCACGGUCAUGAUAUUAGGCGACAAACUUACGGAUCCCAGCGGCCUGACGUCGACCUCGUUUAAAAUUAAACCGAACCCGUACUCGAUGCAAUCUGAAUCGGCGAUGGCGAUGAGCCGUGGGAGCAAACUGACAACAAACAACGCUGGCGAGACCAGGCGAGCUGCAGUGUCCAGUGGAAUCAAGUACGAUAUCGGAGACAGCCUGCUCCUUUCUACCGUCCAACGAAACGCUCGCCACAAAGCCCGACGGAUUCUCGAGGAUGGCUGGCCGGUAAACGGUCUCCAGGCGACGCGGGUAAAGUGCAACUCCUCGGUAAAGGGCACCGGUAUCUGCACCGUGAACAACUACAGCAUCGUCGCCUCUAGGGGUGAGCUAGCUCGAAAUAACUACGCGGCGGUGAGAGAGACGCCGGCGCCGUGCAUCGUGAACAAGAAGAGCAACGGAGCGGCGAUCGUCAACGCGUGCAUCCGCGCCAAACGCCAGGAGUUCUCGCGCAAACAGCUCCCCGAGGACGUCGCCGGGCCGAAACACAUCGGGAAACUUGAACGAACCGUUCGCAACUCGUUCGCCGUUCCGGUGAAUUUCGCAGAAGAUCCGUCGACGCGAGAGAAGACGGGACGAAGGAUAACCGACGAGGGUAUACUGAGAAGAUCUUCCGCCUUCUUGUCGAGUCUCACCCAUUCCGCGAGCAGGGUCGCAGAGAGAACACUAAACGACGAUCCAUCGAAGCGAGGGCAAGCUUGCUCGAAUGCUGCCCGCUCGGAAACCGGUGCCUCGACCAAAUACUCGACGUUAAGGGGAUACUUCUCGAUUCUGAACAGCGUAACCGGCGAGCACCGAUCUCUGGGACGUUCGCCGAGCACGCAGACGCUGCCGAUCGAACGAAAGAAGAAGAGCAGCGCGCGCGUGAAAAAGUCGGUGUCGUUCAGUUCGGACACGAGCUUCCAAGAAAAACGAGCGCCCUACGUGAGAGCUGCCGUUCACGAGGUCAAGGUCUACCACAAGGGUGUUCUGCAAGAUCGAAGCGUGCUCGAGAAGACGAUCGUCACAAAAGUGCCGCCGUCGUGGGAAACAUCCUCCGAGGGCCGAUCGGCCUUUCUGAGGGCUGCCAGGGAUGCCGACGACACGGCGCUCAAUGACAUCGCGGCACAGGUACGGCGAUUCGGGCUCGGGGACAUGGACGUUAACGUGGUUGAUAGUAGCGGCAGGACCGCCAUAAGCUACAUGGCUGGGAACGGUGCCUCGGCGAUGCUGGAGCUGGCUCUGUCGUUCGAGGGGGUUGAUCCGAAUAUUCCCGACAACGAGGGCAACACGCCACUGCAUUUUGCCGCGCAAGCGGGGCAAGCAGAGUGUCUGAACAUUCUCCUUCAAAGGUGCCCGGAUAUCGAAGUGGACGCUAGAAACGUAUCGGGUUUCACCCCGCUGAUGAAGGCUGCCCUCCAAGGAAGGACAAAAUGCGCGAAAAUUCUAUUAUUCGCCGGCGCGAAUCCAACGCUACGGGAUCAAGGAAGAGGACUAAGGGCAGAGCAAUGGGCCAGAUUUUGUGGAAGGUAUGUCUGCGCCGAGGUGAUCGAGAGGUUUGCCAGGCAUCGACUUCUGGAAAGAACGACUUCGUGUCGAUGGGGCAGCGAACCCGAACUAGCAGCGAAAGUACUACAAGGAAAGGUGAUGCCCAUUCCCGUGAUGCCCCUAUCGCCACCAUCUACCGGUUUAAAGUCAAAGAUAAGAAAAGUAUUCCGCACCACCUCCGGACCAGAUCGAAGUUUCUCGUUGGUCUCACAACUGACCAGCGCAGCCCUGUGCGCGAGCAGUCCAGCGUUACCAAAAGCCAGCGAAGUCCCUCCCGUGGUGAAAAGUCUUCUUCGACCUCUCAGCGUCCCCCAAUUAAGGGUAACACUAGUAUCACCGCAAGAUUUCUUCGAGCAAUCGAAGGAAAGGUACGUGUCUAAUUUCACGGAAAAGAUCGAGAACACGACGGUGAAACCGUCGAGAUCGAAGAAGAAGAGCAAAUAAGAUCCAUCAGUGUCCGUUACACACCUCGGAGGAAUCGCAAUAUUUGUAAAGAAAGAAAAUCAAUCUGUAACAUAUGUACCUCAAAAAUAAUGUAGUGCCGUUAAUGUGCAGGAAAAGAAAAACCUCCCGUCCGAUA